AUGCAUAAACACCUCAUUAAUGCGUCGAUUUCAGAAGAGUCUGACAAUUCAGGUAUUUCAACUUCAAGCAAACGCAGCUGUUCUUCUAGCUUUCCUUCCCUUUUAAAAGAAACAAAGCCAUUAGAAAAUCCCUAUUUUAGAUAAUAAGCCUACCUUUAAGUAAGAGAGCAAAGCAUUUCAUUAUAAAAAUAUUUUUGUAUAGAUAAUUUUUGAUAGCUUGCAUUCUUAAACUUAAAUUUAUAAAUUAAUUCUUCGAAAGAUUCGGAUUUUUUAAGAUCAGAAAAAAAAAUGAUUAGCUAUUGCCCUAUCCCUGCUGGAUCGGGACUUGACUGAUGUCAGGAGAUGUUAGAUGGGGCUAACGAACCAACGUUUUGGCAAAGUGAACUCCCUAGAUGGCAGAUCUCCAAUAACGCAAGAGGACUAGCCUUCUGGGGAGUUCACUUUCCCAGCACAGUCGGCUAAUCAACUCCCCAUCUGGCAUUUCCCAAGUCAGCCAAGCCUGAUCCAAUGCAGGGAUUGGGCUAGUAUAUAUUUGAACCCCAGCACUUGCCUUGCUGAUCAAAGCCAGUCUGAUACUCAACUGCGAAAUAGCAGACUGAUUAUGACUCAUAGAAGAGUUUACUGGUAUUCAAAUGCUCGCAACCCACAAUAUAAAUUUCAAAAUAAGAUUCUCGAAAGCUUGAGAAAAUUUUCUUCCGCCUUCAAAGAGGAAAGAUUAAGAGAUUUAUCGAUGGAUUAAAUAACAGCCGUGCUGCACUGAAAAAAGUAUCUCAGUUUAAAUUACAGUUAUACCCUAAUAAGUGUUCUAAAGCAUUAUAAUAAAGGAAUUAACUAUUAUGUUCCUAAAUAAUCCCUUUGCGUACGCCCUUAAAUUAUUUUAAGAAUAUUUAUAAUAGUAUAAAAAGCGAAAUAUCUUCAAGUUCAUUAUCUCUUUGAGAUACUGCAAACCCAAGCCAGCCACAAAUUUGCUAUGAAAAUUCCAAAAUUCCUUCAAAAAAAACAGAAGUAGAAACUCGUUUUGAAAGCGUCGGAGAGGAAGGAACUGCACAAGUGGUCCACAGCCCAGUUGUUAGAAGAGGCAAAUCAGCUGACUACGGAUAUUGCAGUCCAAUUAAUUUCAGCCUUAUCCCAGAAACAUUAGAAAAAAACAAGAAAAGGAUAGAGUGUCAUAAUAAAACUAUGAGCCGAGUAAUAAAUUAUCAAAGUAAAUUUGAUGAACUGGAAGAGUUAAAAACCUCAAGAGAAAAAAUCAUUAAAUUAAUGGACGAAAAAAACCAAGUCGAGUUUGAGCUACUAAAAGUCUCAAUGCUGAUGAGGGAUACCGAAUUAAAUUGUAAAGCAAAAGACGCUGAAAUUGAAAAUUUAAAGAAAAGCCUGCAAAAUUUUGAUCAAAAUUCAGCUAAAGUUAAUUUAGAGCUGAAAUUAGCGAAGGAAAGCUUUAAUGGGUAUAUAAAGGAAAUUAAUGCGCUUCAUAAAGAAGUGCUGGAGGUAAAAAUUAACUUCCGUCCCUACUUCGGGGUUUCCGCCGACUAUGCGUCGUCCACAACCUGGUCUUGAUCUGAAUGUUCCUUACUCCCCCCCCUCCGUGAGUGAACAAAACCAUUAGAAAAAUCGCUAUUUUUUGACCAAAAACCCACCCUCCGUGAGUGAACAAAAAUUUUUUUAAUAGAAAAAUUUUUUAUGGAAAAAAAUUUUAAUAUAUAAAUGAUAAUUAGUAUAAUGAAAUCUAGAGCUAAUUCUAUUUAAUUUUGAACGAAUUGCUUUUUAAAACAUAAAAUUUUAUAAAUUAAAUUAAUAUUUGCUUUCCAAUUUUUGUGAAUUAGGAUUUUUUUAAAUUUCGAAAAAAAAUAUUUUUUUAUAUAAAUUUUUUUUAAAAAAAAAAAUUAACCUCCCUCCGUGAGUGAACAAAAUUUUUUUGUUCACUCACGGAGGGGGGGGGAGUUUAAGCUUUGGCGUUUGGGUUUCAAAGGUUGCCCUUCCAGCUCUUGGGCAAAACCAACUUGCGUCCUUCAGACGCGCUAAUGGUCCCAGUCUAACCUUCUGGAAUGAUGGCGCACUUCCAGAAAAUUAGAAUUCCCCAAGGGAUGGGUGUCUGAAGUUGCGCACCUCCACUAUCAUUAACAGGAUAAAUUCGCUGGGUGAAGCCAAACUUCACAAUCAAAAUUUGCCAUAGGGAGAAUUUCUGUUCAGAGAACAGAAUAUUCGAGUGGCGCCAUUUUUUGCUUAUGCUAAGGUAAAAACAAAGCUGGAGAUUGUGGAAAUGGAAAAACUUAAUUUAAAGCAGGAUCUGCAAAAUGCAAAUGAGGAGAAUUGUAAUUUAAAAGAAAAAAUAAGGAAAGUAUACUUAUGGUAAAAUUCAUUGAUUUAUGCCAAGAUUUGUCAGUAUAAUUUAGCAUAUUUAUUAUCAAGGAGUAUAGAGCAUUUAAGUUUGGAAAAAAAUGAGCAAAAAGCCAUAAAAAAUUUAUCAAAUAUAAUUCUUUCAAAGGAAAGAAAUGAUCACAGAGCAAUGACAAUUGCUCCAGAAUGCAAAGAUCUAGAAGCCAAGCUUAAAACAGCUGAAACUGACUGUGAGCAAUUUAAAAACCGCUACUAUAAUACGCUUGAAACCUUAAAAUCCACAGGUGAAUGAAUCCUUGACAUAAUUGACCUUAUCCACUAUGGAAACUCAAAAUCUGCAAUUGAAGAGUUUCUAAGGACAAGCGGCGGCUUUGAAGAACAAAUGAAAAUUAUAAGUCAAGAAUUAACCAAUAUCAAUGGGCCACUACUAGAAAAUUCCCCAAUGCAGCUCAAAAGUCCAGUCCUUGCUAAUAAUCAAGAAGUAAAAACCCUGAAACUUCAACUUUCUCAUGAAAAAGCAGACAAAAAAGAGCUGGAAGAAACUAUGAGGAUUAUUCAGGAAAAUAUAAAUAGCACUGAUUUAUUAUCAUAUUUGCAGGCACAAGCUUCUGUAAUUGAAGAAUGCCUACGUGAUGAACCAGAUCAAGAUAGCCCUUAA